AUGGAGAUCAGCUUGUUGGGGUUUCUGGUUGGGUGUUUCCACCUAGAGCUCCUAGGGGCCGCUGGGAUCUUUCAGUAUCAACGGGCAGCUCCACCCAAGGCCAGGACUCCAAAAACAAAGGAAUGGAUGCCUUCUUCUUCCUCCCCCUCCUCACUUUCACCUUCUUCUUCGGCUUUGACUUUCACUUGGGUGCCUACCCCCAACUUGGAUAAAACAGAUCCUGACGGGUCGGAGGCGGCGGCGGCCUUCCUGUACUCUGGAAAGGCGUUGCACCUCUUGCAAGCCAACUGUACCCGGAGGUUUGAGGUGAGGGAUACAGGGAAGGCCUCUGGCCCUCCCCCAGCUUUGCGUUCCUACUUGCGCGGUGCGACCGAGACCCUGGCCCAUGCCACCAAUUUCCUCAACAUGGUCUUCCAGACCAACGACAUCCGGGAGUCCAGCGUGAAGGAAGACAUUGAGUGGUACCACGCCUUGGUCCGAAGUGUUAUGGAUGGAGACCCCCAAGUUUACAGAGCUGUGUUGACCUUCGAUGCUCACCCGGUGUCUUCCAAGCCCCAGCUGAUGCUCCAGGCCACCAAGGAAAACAAUGAGAUCUUGCUCCAAGACCUCUCGGCCUCUGCAGAAAGCUUGAGGAAUUUGACUUGGGAAAACGAGUGGUACAACUUUUUCCGUUUCCAGAGGGCCCCGUCGCUCUACAAGAGGAUUCUCACCAACGACCUCAAGACCCUCGACACUCCCAAAUGGAGCCAGGGAGAUAGUUACGUGAUGGAUACCAGCCACAUCAAGUGGUCGCCACCUUUCCUGGAAUGUGAAGAUGGGAAAUUCUUGCCCAACUGGAUGGUCACUCUCUCCUCUUCCUUCUAUGGCCUCAAGCCUGAUCUAAAUCCAGAAUUCAAGUGA